ACAACAAAUUGAUCAUGGACAUGAGACGUUGCAUUAAAAAAUACUAUGAAGGCUGGUUGAUUUGUGAGGAGCCAACGUGUCGCAAUCGAACUCGGCGCCUUCCCCUUCAGUUCUCCCGAAAUGGGCCUCUUUGCCAAGUCUGCAUGAAAGCUACACUUCGGCCAGAGUAUUCUGACAAGUCCCUGUACACCCAGCUGUGCUUUUACCGGUACAUUUUUGAUGCGGACUGUGCACUGGAGAAACUUACUACCGAUCAUGAGAAAGAUAAGUGGAAGAAGUUUUUUACCCCCAAAGUUCGUCAGGACUACCAAAAACUCAAGAACACGGCGGAGCAGUUCUUGUCGCGGAGUGGCUACUCGGAAGUGAACCUCAGCAAACUCUUCGCUGACUGUGCCGUGAGGCCGUGAGGGAGGCCCAGAAGUGGGCGGCAGGGUGGGUGAAGAAAGACACCCGGCUUCCUGGCAACUCCACCACCUCCGCCCAGGCCCUGCCUGCUCGGGCAUCCCGUUUCCUUUAGGACCGUGCCUCGUGUUUGGGC